AUUGCUCUUCCCAGUAUACAGCUACAACGCAGCCACGUGAUGAGAUAUGCUUCCUGUGUGUGUCACAUGAGAGCUUUUCAGCUUUUACGCUCCACAAAUGUAAACGCUACUGUUGUAAUUUACUGACGCUGGCGAAUAUGGCACUGCAGCUGGUUUUGUACUUACUGGGACUGCUUGGAAGUCUGUUGGUUUCAACUGCCCCGAUCGAGAAUUGGCAACAAAGCAUUCAAGUGCCUGGUUCAGGCAGGUUCUGGCACAUCUCAGAUCUGCAUCUGGACCCGACCUAUCACAUCACAGAGGACCGCACCAAAGUGUGCUUCUCCUCCCAGGGCUCCCCGGCCCUGAACCCUGGCCUGUUUGGCGACUACCUGUGCGAUUCCCCGUACGAACUCAUUCAGUCAGCCUUUCGCUUCAUGAGAGAAGAGGACCCAAAUCCUGACUUCAUGAUAUGGACAGGAGACAGCCCUCCACACGUCCCAGCGGAGAAGCUGUCUACAGACUUAGUGAUCAGAAUUAUCAGCAAUAUGACUCACACCAUCCGGGAGUUCUUCCCAGAUCUCCCCGUCUACCCUGCUCUCGGGAACCAUGAUUAUUGGCCACAGGAUCAACUUCCGAUAGCCACGAAUGAGAUAUACCAGGCUGUGGCUAAACUCUGGGAGCCCUGGCUACAACCAGAAUCCCUCACAACACUAAGAAAAGGCGGGUUCUAUUCGCAAGUGAUACGUCCAAAUUUGCGGCUCGUCAGCUUGAACACGAACCUGUACUACAGUCCAAACAAAGUGACAGUCAACAUGACCGACCCGGCAGGACAGUUUGAAUGGCUGGUGGACACUCUGGAUACAUGUCGACAGAGUGACGAGAAGGCUUACAUCAUAGCUCAUGUUCCCAUUGGUUACUUGCCCUAUGCCCUUGAGACAACUGCAAUGAGAGAAGUCUACAAUGAAAGGCUGGUGGAGAUAUUUCGCAAAUACAGUGAUGUGGUUGCCGGGCACUUCUAUGGUCACACCCACAGGGACAGCAUUAUGGUGCUAUUGGAUCAUGAAGGCCAACCUGUUAAUUCACUGUUUGUCACACCGGCCGUGACUCCAUUCAGACAUGAGAGUGAACCUUCCUCAAACAACCCAGGUCUUCGGAUGUAUUACUAUAACCCUCACGAUUACAGUUUACUGGAUAUUUGGCAGUACUACAUGAAUCUCACUGAAGCAAACUUGGAAAAGAAACCGGACUGGAAGCUUGAAUAUAUAAUGACCAAAGACUUCAACAUUGUAGACAUUCAGCCAAAGAGCUUGUAUGGACUUGCAGAAAGUUUCAGGGCACCCCAAAGUGAGACAUUUAAGAAGUACUUUAAUCAUUUUAUGGUAAGGUACAAUGACUCAAUUGUUUGCAAGGGAAUUUGCAAAAUGGAACAAGUAUGUUCUGCACUGUCCUUGGACCAUGAAUCCUAUUUGCAUUGCAUCUUAAAAUGGAAUUAACGUGGAUGAAUGGAUUGACUAAUCAACAAAGCUGGGUGCACAUUUGCAAAUAUUUGCAUUUUACACUGAUUUUAAAAAAAACAUUUACAAUGCUGUUUUUUGCACACAGGAAUUUUAUGCGUUUUUAAAUGGUCUAAAUGUAAAAGGGAAACAAUUCAAUUCUGAGUAAUGGGUCUAAAAUAUGACAUUAAUCUUGUUUUCAGGAUGAACAACUGUGGCCAAAUUAGAUUAGUAGAGACUAUACACUGCCUAUAAUUAUGUGUUUUUGUGUUUUUUCUUUUUGAUUAAAAAUAAACAUAAAAAACCCUC